AACAGGCGAUGGCAUAGGUAGAAGAGACUCAACAACAUCUCGAGGAAAAUAAACGUGCGACCAGAAGGGAUCUGGAUGCGUUCAUUGAUAAGCAGAUAGGUACUCUUGAGAAGAUGCGAUCUGAUCUUAAAGGGGGGAUUGAGUCAGCUUGUCAAAAGCAUGAUAAGCAGCUGACUGCUCAGAGAGAGACUCUAUCCAUGAGACUUGCAAGUGCUCGUAGCAGUUUGGAGUUUGCUGAGAGAAUGUGCAGAGAUGCAAAUGAUGUGGAUGUCUUGUCCAUCAGGAAUGAAGUGCUAUCCCAGCUAUCGAGUCUUGCAGAGAAACCCGUGGAUCAGCCUUGUACGGAGGUUGGAGUUCGUCUUGUAGUGGAUGAGGAGUAUUGGGAUUCUUUGUCAAAGAAGAUCUCAGUUGAUGUGAUUUCUGUUGGUGAAUCUGAGCAAACAGGUCUUGAGCAGUCCGCCAUCUUCAGCGGCAAAGGUCCAGAGUACCUCCGAGAUCUCUUGGGAUUCCUGCAGCCCGUGCAGCAAAGUCCCAAGAGUCGCUGGGUCAGAUGUUUCUCAGCAAAGAGAGAUGGCUGGGCUGCCAGUACCUUCCACGAAAAAUGCGACGGCAAAGCGCCGAACAUCGUACUCGUAAGCGUUGGAGGAAGAUACGUGUUUGGUGGCUACUCUGACGUAGCGUGGACAAUGAGUGGCCUAGGAUACCAGUCCUCCAGCAUUUCAUUCUUGUUCACGCUGUGUAACAAGAAUGGCUACCGCCCUGAAAAGUUGCCAUUGAGGCGCACGCCAGAUGGAAAUGCCAUUGGGGACCACACACGUCACGGUCCGGUGUUUGGUAGUUGUGACCUGUUGAUCGCUAACAACGCGGGGGGUAAUGAAAGGUCCUAUACGUGGUCACAAACGUACGCUCAUCCCCAGGGCGCCCCAUCUGAUGGCGAGUGUGACGUCUUUGCUGGCAAAUACAGAUUCACACCCGACGAAAUGGAGGUAUUUCACGAGGUGGUGGACUGAAUACAGCUCUGAGCGUCUGUAAAGUGACAAUAGACAUAAAGACGUGUAAACAUUUGUUAGUUGGUACUGUGUCAUGAGAAUAAUGUAUUUUGAAUAAGGCUUCACCAUCUUGUGAUGUGACCCGCGGUGCAUCUUGGGUAGCAUGUAAAUCACAAAAUAUCACAUGCUGUGAAAACCCCGCUAGCGAGGGUUACGGCACACUUUACUUUAGUCCAACCUUAUUUAAAAACGUGUACAUCUCGAGUUUAUAUAUAUCCGAAUUUUAUAACACAAAUGCAAAUAGUAAAUUUUAAUAAUUAUUCCUAUAAGCUGUUAGAAACAAUAUGUUGUUUGGUCUAGAUAACCACGUACAAGUUGUGUGUGUGUUUUUUACUUCUUUUUUAAAAAUUAAGAACGAUGCCUAA